GCUCCAACGUGAACCAGGUCCUCACCUCCAACCUUACGUCCCAUGGAGCUAUGGUUGGAGUCUUGAGUGCGCCCUGCAGCUACAAGUCUACUCUCUGCCUGCAGGAGCAUCACGGCGACGAGCAGCGCCUCCCUGAGCUCCAGAACACAGCGCGCCAGCACGGGUUUCAUGGUGUAUGGACUGUGGCCGCACCCACGGGCCGAGGCACAGUGGUGGUCUCCAUCUACUUGGUCGACUCGGUGGGGCUCAAUCAAGAGAAUAUGGAUCUGCUUACCACGCUGGCUCAAUACCUGGAGGCGCUCAAUGGUUUGGGACAGCCAUGGAUUGUGGCAGGCGACUGGAACAUGGACCCAGCGAGCACACUGGACUGGAUGCACUCGGUACACGGAGUUCAGCAGGCCCCAGCCCAACCCACAUGCAAUGCCACGCAACCUGGCACUACCAGGGAUUAUUUCUGCGUCUCUGCUGCCCUGGUCGAUUGGAUUCGCGGAUGCGAAGUCGGAGUGGCAGCGACUUUCCCGCAUCAGCCUGUGCAGUUGGGGUUUCAGUACUGCGCACAUGAGCAGUGGGCACGCGUCCCUGUUACACCACGUCCACUCCCGACGGUGCCGAAAGUGGGCUGUGCCAGGUUCCCACCCACACGGCAAUGGGCACGGGUGCAGCAGCUCAUUGAUCAAGCUUCAGACGGUGUGACUUUGGCUGCGGCGUGGGAUGGGGUUAUUACCACUAUGGAACACGAGAUCCUCAACCGCAAUGACAUAAUGGACAUGACGCAGCGGGGACUUCAUCACGGCCGAGCUGGUCCCGACCAAUGGGUAUGGAAGCGGGUACAGGCCCUCGUACCACCGAGGCCCAAGCGGUUGAGCGCCUACCAGCAGUAUGGCAAAUGGUGUCAGCAUCUGCGCUCCACGCACACACGCAUGCUUACGGCCCUCCAGCGCAUAAUGGAGGAGGCAGAUGCGAACCGUUUCCCUGCAAGGCUUUUGCCAGACAUUUACGGCCAGCACGGGCAGUACGUCAACGGCCUAGGUAGCCCAGUCCAGGGUCAGUUCAAGGAGCAGCGGUCGUUGGCACAACUCAGUCGGGAUCUUCAGGGUUUCUUCGCGCGAGUAGUACGUACUGGCUGGGUUGGGCCGCUGCUUGAUUACGAAGAUCGACUCCAGCUCCACAGUUACCACGACACGUUUUAUGAGCCUGACUUCCUAGACAGGAUCGACCGAGCGCUUGACAAGGUGAGUCGCGUGACGGAGGCCAUACGCAAGUAUGCUGGCAUUGAAUGGGCGCAGUGGGCCAAGCAA